GCGGAGAGCAAAAUAUUAGUUGUAUGGUUUUAUAAUAUAUAGAAUACCUUUCGAUAAACGUUUUUUAAUUGUUUUUGUUGUUUUGUUUUUUUUAUCCGGUAAUCCUCCUGCGGAAAGUUGAUCGAAAUAAUUUUCUCUGUACGAGCUUUCUAGGAGAUACUGAACCGAUGGUUUUUAGUUGCUAGCGUGGCUAGCAGUUUGUCUCAAAGAAAGAGACUGCAGAGGUAGCUGAACAUAAAACAUUCUUUUUUAAAUUUAGUUCAUAAUUAGCCUGAGAUGACUGGCAUGGCUUCUCCAGAGAAAGCGGCAGUGUGCAAAAAAAAGAGCGACAGAAAAGGUGCUUCCAAAGAGGAAUACAGACAGCUGUCCAGCACUAUGGCAGUAAUGAACAACCUCAGGAAACAGGGUACACUUUGUGAUGUGACCCUGGUUGUUCAGGGUAAACAUUUUCCUGCCCACAGAGUUGUGCUGGCAGCUGCCAGUCAUUUCUUUAGCCUCAUGUUUACCACCAGAAUGAUGGAGUCAAUGUCCCAUGAAGUGGAGCUGAGGAAUGCAGAGCCAGAGAUCAUUGAACUGUUAAUUGAAUUUAUCUACACAGCCCGGAUCUCUGUAAACAGCAGUAAUGUUCAGUCAAUGCUGGAUGCAGCGAACCAGUACCAGAUAGAGCCAGUGAAGAAGAUGUGUGUGGAGUUCCUCAAAGGGCAGAUUGAUGCGACAAACUGCUUGGGAAUCUCAUCCCUGGCAGAGUGUAUGGAUUGUCCAGAGCUGAAAGCGGCAGCAGAGGAUUUCUUCCAGCUCCACUUUACUGAAGUCUAUAAACUGGAUGAGUUCCUGCAACUGGAUGUUAAACAGCUUACACCUCUGCUGCACCAGGAUAAACUCACUGUCCGUGCUGAAGCCCAGAUCUAUGAUGCAGCAGUACGCUGGCUCAAGUACGAUGUGUGUAACAGACAACAGUACAUGGUGGAAGUGUUGGGGUGCGUCCGCUUCCCACUGGUCUCCAAAACCUUCCUCUCCAAGACGGUGCAGGCUGAGCCCCUUAUCCAAGACAACCCACAGUGUCUCAAGAUGGUCAUAAACGGGAUGCGCUACCACCUGCUGUCCUUAGAGGACCGAGAGGACCUGGGAGAGAGCAGUCGACCCCGACGCAAGAAGCAUGAUUAUCGCAUCGCUCUGUUUGGAGGCUCGCAGCCUCUGUCCUGCCGCUACUUCAACCCCAAGGACUCCAGCUGGACUGAUAUCCGCUGUCCAUUUGAGAAGCGCCGAGAUGCCACAGUUGUCUUUUGGGAUAAUGUGGUUUAUAUUCUGGGCGGGUCACAGCUUUUCCCCAUCAAACGCAUGGACUGCUAUAAUGUCCUGAAGGACAGCUGGUACUCCAAACUGGGUCCGCCCACACCACGUGAUAGCCUGGCUGCCUGCGCUGCUCAGGGAAAGAUCUACACAUCAGGAGGGUCAGAAGUAGGCAGCUCAGCGCUGAACCUUUUUGAGUGUUACGACACGAGGACAGAGUCCUGGCAGGUGAAAAACAGCAUGCUGAUGGCUCGAUGCAGCCACGGCUCAGUGGAGGCGAACGGGCUCAUCUACGUCUGCGGAGGAACGGUGGGCAACAACGUCUCUGGCAGGGUCCUCAACAACUUUGAGGUGUUUGACCCCGCCACUCAACAAUGGAGGGAGCUGUGUGGCAUGAGAGAGGCCAGGAAAAACCAUGGACUGGUUACAGUCAACAACAGGAUCUAUGCUGUCGGAGGGCAGGGUGCAAUAGGUGGAUUAGACUCAGUGGAGUACUAUGAUAUUGCCAGUAAUGAAUGGCGGGCUGCCACCCCGAUGCCAUGGCGAGGUAUAACUGUGAAGUGUGCAGCAGUGGGCGAUAUCAUUUAUGUGCUUGCAGGAUUUCAAGGGGUGGGACGUCUCGGACAUGUCCUGGAGUACCACACUGAUACUGACAGGUGGGUAACUUGCAGCAAGGUGCGAGCAUUUCCUGUCACCAGCUGCCUGAUCUGCGUUGUCGACACAUGCGGAGUCAAUGAGGACGAGGAUAUGGAGCUCAUAGACUCUCAGACGCACACUGCUCCUGUUGAUUCUUCAUCUUCUGCCUCGUCUUCAAUGGCCUCAUCAUAGGACACAAGAAACUCUCGGCGUAGAAUAUGCUGUUGCGUUUUAGCUACUACAUUUAGCUUCUGUUCACAUAUGAAUGUGGUUUAUGUGUCUUUUUGGAAGUGGUUAGUAAUUUCUGGAUGUGUGUAU